CAGGCCCUGCUGUAGGGGAGGGGAGUGAGAGUCCAUCUGGGUUAUAAACGAACACCGAGUCCACAAGUUUCCACAAGUUUCCACAGACUGGAACUCACCAACAGGAUAAACGUGUGACUUGGCAAAACAAGAACGUCAUUUACAGCAGCCGCCGGAAAUGGAAACCAUGCAGGAGUUGAUUCCAUUUGCGAAGGAGAUUCUCCGUCAGAGAGCCAACCGGAAGCUGCUGAAGGUUUACCUGCUGGGCUCCGUGCUGGCGGUGCUGGGCACGGCCAUCGGGCUGGUCGAGACUCUCUGCCACCCCUUCUCCUCAGGUGAGCCGCUGGAUACAGAGAUGCUGCUCAUGUUGGCCUCGGAGCAGAGAGAAGUUGAAGCUGAUGCACAAGCACAGCCCACCCUGAAAGCCGGGGGAAACGAGGAGGAAGAGGAAGAAGAGGAGCUUGUUCCAGAGAGCCAAGCAAACACUAAGAUCCAUAGACUCAGCCAGCGAAACUUGGCCAACCGCCUGCAUGCUUCCUAAAUCCACUACGGUCAAAGUGAAGUGGCUGGAAAUAUUUAUUGGAAAAAGCUGCUGCUGCCACACCGUUUUUGGUGUGCAACUCGCACAAAAGACUGAAGUUUUUUCAGAGAAAUGGUGUCUGAACCGCCAUUACACGCUGAUGGCCGUGGCUUUGAUGGACUGUCAGAAUGCAGGCAGGCACUGCAACGCGCCGAGGUUUCUAAAGUAACACAGAGAGAGACAGAGAGAGCGAGAGAGAGAGAGGGAUUAUUAAACAGUACCUGUAAGCCGCAAUGUGAUUAGUGAGUCUGUGAGGAAUUUACUCUGCAGUGCCACCUACUGGCAGCUGGUUGUGAAAGGAGAAGGAAGAAGUUUGCUGUAGAUGUUAUCUAACUGUAAAUAUUGCUACAUUUUGUUAUUUUCUAUUAAAGUUUAUUUUAUUCA